UCUCUCUCUCUCCCUCUCUCUCCCCGAAUCUCUGAAUUGUCGCUCUCUGUUUCACUUAUAUACAGAGAUUUGAUCGAUUCUCUAAAUCCAAACAGAGAAAGCCAAGAUCUGUACCAUGGUAGGUAGAUUGUGUAGAUACUUUUGAAUUGAUGGGGAUCCACCGCACUACUCAGGUAAAACAAAUGGUUCCCCUCUCGAAAAAUUUAUUCCUUUUUACUCGAAUCGGCUGGAAUCCUAUGUAUUGUUUAUGGCUUUGGUAUUGUCUAGACUUGGGGUGUUCGAUGUGUUUUGUUUUUUGGGGUUUUUGUCUGGGUCUGCAAUUUUAAAUUAGCGUUUUGUCUCUUUGAUGUCAGGGAUGAAGUGGUUAGGGAGGUUAAAUGAAUUGGAUGAAAAAUGGUGACUGAUUUGGGGCUGGUUGGUGAGGGUUCUUAAAUUCCAGCAGUAGGGGUUCUAGACAUAAAUGAAGAGGGCUGGGUUUGGUGCUUGUUUGGUGACCCUCAUAACUAUUUAAUGAAUGAGACUAAUUGAAUUUUUUUGCUGCUACUUUGUGUGUGUGCAUUGUGUGUAACAUUGUGAACAAGAUGACAACUUCAGGGAAUAGCUAGGUUAACUGAAAAAACUUAGUAAAAUAACAUGUUGAAUUUACCAUUGCAGAUCUCAAUCUUUUCACUAUGAGGAUUCAUCAUGGAGGGAGAUUUCAUAGUGAGAAUGGCCUAAAUAGGAUUUACAGAGAGGGCCAAUUGUGCUUUGUUGAUGGAGUAGACCCGGACAAGGUGUUUUUGACAGGGAUACACCACUGGACUUAUGAUUUGGGGUACCAGAUGGGGCCAACUCAAUUCUGGUUUAGAAUUCCUGGCAGUGAGGAGGGAACUAGGUAUCUGCCUAUAUGUAUUGAUCAAGAGGCAGUUGAGAUGUGUCACUAAGUAUCUCCAAGGUCCAAGUAUCUGGACUUGUACAUAGUUUGUACAAGUGAAAGGAGGAUUUUUACUGUUAGAGAGCUUGAUCAGUUUGAAGCAAAUCUUAACCAUGUUUUGUUCAUUGGCUGGUGGAUUGAAGAUGUGGAAGAAUGGCCUCAUGUUACAACUGAUGAUGAAGAGGAAGAAGGGUCUUUAGGGGCUGAGGACAUGUGUGAUGCUCAAGAGCCUAUUUUUGUGGACUUGGAUGACAUAGGUGAUGAGCCCAGGACUGAAACAAUCAAUGCAAAUGGGCCUGACCAAGGUGUGGAUGGACAUGAGCUUCAAAAACAUGAUGCACAUGGGCCUGAGUAAAAUGAGGAUGGACAUAGGCCCAAUGUUAAUGAUGUUGAGGCAUCCAUGACUGAGGCAGAAGUGGAAAGAGUAAAAGAGAAGGGUAAAGCUAUGGUACGUUCAAGAAGAAGACACUCCACCUGCAAAGAAGAAUAAGGGCAGAAAAAGGAAAAAGGUGCAGAGGAGAUAUGCUACUAGGUCUGGAGAUGAGAGUUCAAGGAGGCAAUGUGAUCCUGAUGUGGAUGUCUCCUCUGAAAGCACAACAAACUCUAAAGACUCAGAUUUUGAAGGCAUAGUCGAUUCAAAUUAUGACCUGAACAGUGAAGAUGAUGAUGUGGAAUUUUAGCAUAAUGUAGAUGGUGACAGUAGCAGAAAAAAAGUUUGAUGAGAUGGGGUUCGAGGGGGAUAUAUCUGAUGAAGCUGGGAGUGAUUUUGAAGGAUUACAUAGUCUGCAUAGAUUCUUAGGUGAUGAGGAUGAAGACAAAGGGAAGUUCCCUGUUAAGUGCAAGAGAAGAUACAGUGAAUGGAGGGAGUUCAGGCAUAAGCAGGACAUGAAGAAACCUACUUUUGAGUUGGGAAUGGAGUUUCCAAACUCCAAGGUGUUUAAGAGUGUAACUAGGAAGCAUGCAGUUCAAACAAGAAAGGAGAUUAGGUUUCCAACAAACACAAGACACAAGGUGCAAGACAUCUCCUGGUUGCCCUUGGAUAUUAUUCACUGAGUUGAAGCUUGCAUGCAAAGGCGCUUCAUAUUGUUAGUACUUUGGUCAGGCAUGAGUAAUUAUCUUAUUGCAUAAGAAUAUGUUCAAGAUAUCUUGCAUAUCAAUAUGUGGUUUAGAAGCUGCAGACCACUUGAAUUUGGUCAGCAAGAAUAUGAUAGAUUUAAAUUGGACAACCUACUAUAAGAAACUGACUAAAAGUAUUCAAAUGAGAGAAAAUACUAAAAGGAACAAAAGACAUGGAUGGCCAACAUAGUUUGGUAAAGACAGUGUUCCUGCAUCUGAAAUCUCAUGUUAUUUCCCAUAGACAUGUGAUGCUUGGCUUCAAAUGCCAAAAAGACAGGAAACUCAAACUCACAGACCAAAACGAGAAUGAGCAUUAGUAUAUAGUUUACCCCUCCAUUGGUUAUAUGAUCAUUCAUUUUCACUUUGAUGUACUUGAUAGGUCUUGCAAUUACUCCUUCCUCUAGAUGCAGCAAGCUUACUGAACUCUCUAGUCAAUACAAAGCUAUACUAUGAAAAAUUAGUGCAUCCAAACUUUCUAACGGUUUCUCUCAUUGGUUAGAAAUAUAACAUCAACUUCCGGAUCUUGUUAUAAAAUGCCAGCAUUUGCAACAAACCAACAGCGAGUUCAGUCAGGCGUCAGGACUCAGUGUGGAAUGACACAGU